UUUAUUUUUUACAUAUAUUCAUACGUUGUUUUGAGGAUAAAUAUGAUGCUUGCCGACCAAACAUGCUACUAAGUGGAAUCCAGACAGUUCGAAAUCUUAAAAUAAGAAUAAAGUUUCACCUUUUGUCUCAAACGUCUCUUGUAGAAAGUAAAAGCUUCCUUAAUUCACGUCAAGAAUCCAUUCCUCCAUUAUUUCACGCAGUUCCAUAAACCAUCACAACCCCAUUUCUGUCUUCCUCCUCCACUACUCUUAUCUCUCUCUCUGUACUCCUCUUUCUCUGCUUUCUCUCAUGGCAAAUGUUGUGGAAGUGAAAGUUGGUUUGCACUGUGACGAUUGUAUCAAGAAAAUCCUCAAAGCCAUAAAGAAGAUAGAAGACAUUGAAACGUAUAACGUGGACACAAAACUGAACAAGGUGAUCGUUACUGGCAACGUCACAACAGAAAAAGUCAUCAGAGUCCUUCAAAAGAUUGGCAAGAAUGCAAUUGCCUGGAAAGAUGAUCAAAGCAUAACUCAGUAGUUUAGGGUACCGCACUCAUCCAUCAUUUUUCAUACUAUGUACGGUGGAAUUUAAUAAUCUAUAGAUUGCGAACUGUUUAAUUAUAUUAUUAAAUUUCAAUUGCAACACUUCAUAUUUUUUAUGUGUGUAUGAAUAUCUUAGAUUUAAUUAUCA